GGUAACAGUAACAUGCAUUUGUAGUUGAAUUUAGGUGGCAAAACAGUACAUAUAAUCACAGUGACGUCGUUUCAACUGAUGGAUUCCGAAGCUGAACGUCGUUUUCGAACUAUUCGCAACCACCUCACUUCCACCGCCGCCGCCGCCGUUGAACAAGAGCAGCCGUCACUUCUCUGCCGUAGAAAUGCCGCCGGCGAGUUCUUCUUCGAGCAAGGAUUUAGUAAUGCGCUCCCUGAGGAACUGAAGACAGGAAAAUGGAAUGUGUACAGAUCUGCUCGCUCUCCGGUGAAGCUUAUUAGUAGAUUUGCAGAUCAUCCUGAAAUUGGUACCUUGCAUGACAAUUUUGUGCGAUCGGUUGAGGCGUUUCCAGACUGCAAUUACUUAGGAUCACGAGUUCAAGAAGAUGGAACAGUAGGAGAGUACAAAUGGAUGACAUACAAGGAGGCAGAUACUGCACGGUCAGCAAUAGGUUCUGCACUAGUUUGUCAUCAGAUUCCAAAGGGAUCUUGUGUUGGUUUAUAUUUUAUCAACCGACCAGAAUGGCUGAUAGUCGACCAUGCCUGCUCUGCGUAUUCAUUUAUUUCUGUUCCUUUAUACGAUACUCUUGGUCCAGAAGCUGUAAAAUAUAUUGCAAACCAUGCAGCAAUUGAAGCUAUAUUUUGUGUGCCAGAAACAUUAAAUCAUUUGCUUAGCUUCGUAUCGGAGAUUCCUUCGCUGCAUUUAAUUGUGGUAGUUGGAGCAGUAGAUGGGAGAAUUCCAUCACUUCCACCGUCAUCUGGAGUGGAGAUCAUAUCAUAUUCAACACUACUUAGUCAGGGUCUCAGCAAUCUUCAGCCCUUUUGCCCACCAAAACCUGAGACUGUUGCUACGAUAUGCUAUACGAGUGGUACAACUGGGACCCCAAAGGGUGCUGUUUUGACCCAUGGAAACCUGAUUGCAAAUGUUGCUGGUAUGAGUAUUGGCAUCAAUCUAUACUCUUCAGAUAUUUACAUCUCAUAUCUUCCGCUGGCACAUAUAUUUGAGAGGGCUACCCAAGUAUUGCUGGUCUAUUUUGGAGGAGCUUCUGGAUUCUAUCAGGGAGAUAAUCUGAAACUAGUGGAUGAUAUGGCUGUAUUAAGGCCCACCGUCUUUUGCAGCGUUCCUCGGUUAUACAAUAAAUUAUAUGCCAGCAUUAUGAAUGUUGUGAAGACAUCUGGUUCUCUGAGAGAGAAAAUAUUUAAUGCUGCUUAUAAUGCUAAGAAGCAAGCAAUUUUUAAUGGAAAGAAUCCAUCCCCAUUUUGGGAUAGAUUGGUAUUCAACAAAAUAAAAUCAAGGCUAGGAGGAAGAGUUCGCUAUAUGGUCUCAGGAGCUUCACCAUUAUCUCCUGAUGUAAUGGACUUUUUGCGGGUAUGCUUUGGUUGUCAAGUUAUAGAAGGGUAUGGAAUGACCGAAACUUCCUGUACUAUAAGUAACAUGGAUCAGAGUGAUAUCUUAUCUGGUCAUGUGGGCUCUCCUAAUCCUGCAUGUGAAAUAAAGCUUGUUGAUGUCCCUGAAAUGAACUAUACAUAUGAAGAUCAGCCUUAUCCCCGUGGUGAGAUUUGUGUAAGAGGCCCGAUAGUGUUCCAGGGAUACUACAAGGAUGAAGUACAGACGCAAGAAAUGAUUGACAAAGAUGGAUGGCUUCACACCGGAGAUAUUGGAGUGUGGCUACCUGGGGGGCGCUUAAAGAUAAUUGAUAGGAAGAAAAAUAUUUUCAAGUUGGCACAGGGAGAAUAUGUAGCUCCGGAAAAAAUCGAGAAUGUUUAUGCAAAGAGCAAGUAUGUUGCACAGUGCUUUAUACAUGGUGACAGCCUAAAUUCCUCUCUGGUAGCCAUAGUCUGCGUGGACCCAGACAUGUUUAAAGCAUGGGCUAUAAAUGAAGGCAUCAAGAAUAAAGACGUGAAACAGCUCUGCACUGAUCCAAGAGCAAAGGCUGCAAUAUUGAAAGACAUGGAUACCGUUGGAAGGGAAGCACAGUUGCGAGGUUUCGAAUUUGCAAAAGCUAUUACUUUGGUGCUUGAGCCUUUUACUUUGGAGAAUAAUCUGCUUACUCCAACGUACAAGAUAAAAAGGCCACAAGCAAGAACAUACUUUGCUAAAGAAAUAGCUGACAUGUAUGCAGAACUCUCAACAUCCAAUUCUUCUCCAGAUAAAAUCUUGUGAAAGGCAAAAAUAAUAUAUUGUGAUCUUAUGCUGUUGAAA